GGCUCCGUGAGGCGGGACGGGCGGUGGCGGCGCCGCGCCCUGCCGGGGACAGGCAGCUGGGCUCCGGGCGACAGGGGCGAAGCCGUGUCGUUCCCCCGACAGGAAGCCAGAUGUUCCCCCUGUGGAAGGCCGUUCUGUCGGAAAGCUUACUGGGCUACAUUUCUUGGUCUCUUUACCAUGCACUACCACCGAUGAUCUAUUACUUCCCCCUUCAGACACUGGCACUCACGGGUCUAGAAGUUUUUGCUGUUGCCUUCUUUUCUCCAAUAUUCCUGGUAAUUGGCCCCUUUUGGAGGUUGGCUAACAAUAAGUACAUCCUAGCCCUUCUGAGACUGACUAUGGUUGGAAGCUUAGCAUCAUACCAGGCACCAAAUGCUUCAAUUAGACUGUUCGUCUUGGCUGCAGGUGUUUCCUCCUCAUUGCUGGUGCAAACAGUAACAUGGUGGUCAGGAAACAGUUUACAAAGGUUCAUCAGGAUAUGGGGCUUCAUGCUAGGCAAAAUAAUGCUCCUUGUUCUUCGUAUCUGGUAUACAUCACUAAACCCAGUCUGGAGUUCGCAAGCUGCCAAUACUGUCAUACUGACAAUUGGUUUUAUUGCAGCAGUGGAGCGAAUUUAUUCAGGUAGAGACAAGAGGAAACAAGAAGCAAACAAAACUGGUAAUGCAGUUAGAGAGACUGCUUCCCACCCUCAUUGGCUUUUGUCAGGGAUUGCUUUUGGCAGCCUCAUGUUCCUCACCCUGUGGAUAUUUGGGGAGGUCUCAUUAGUUUCUAGAUGGGCAGUAAGUGGACAUCCACAUACAGGUCCAGAUCCUAAUCCAUAUGGGGGUACAGUUCUGUUGGGCCUGGCUCAUGGACUGAUGCUUUCAUUUUGGAGCUGGUCUUCUGUCACCAGUUUUGCCUGGUUUCUUGUAGGUUUAGCAUCUUCGGCUGGUCUCCUUUAUUUACACACCUGGAGCGCUGCGGUUGCAGGCAAUAUUCUUGCUGUCUUUACUAUGUGUCUGUGGCCUCAACUGGCUGGAUGCUUUGUUAGCUGUCUGUAUCCUGCGAAAGCCAUGAGUACAGCCAUGCUUGCCUAUGUUCUUGAAUUAUUCUUCUGUGUGUGGUGUACAGCUUAUAAAUUUGUACCUGGAGGAAUUUACGCUAGAGAAAGCUCCCAUCUUCUUCUAGGGUUUAUAAUGUUAUGUAUCGGAGUAGUCUUUCUAACAGGACCUAAGAAAGACCUUAGCUCUGUCUUUGAAAUGAAAAGCAACCAAAAACCACUAUUCAAAAAGAGUAAAAACUAUAUUAAAUUACUAUUGUGGCUGGCUGUUGGUGUUGGUCUGCUAGGAUUGGGUCUACGUUAUAAAACUUACCAGAAGAAGUUGGGCCAAGGGGUUCCAAAAAGAGACUUCUCUGCUAUGAUCUGGCCUUUUAGAUUUGCAUAUGACAAUGAAGGAUGGUCUAAUUUGGAAGGAUCAGCUGAUUUGCUUAAUCAGACAGGUGCAGAUUUUAUCACCAUUAUAGAGAGUGAUGCCUCUAAACCAUUCAUUGGGAACAAUGACCCAACAAUGUGGCUAGGAGAAAGACUAGGAUUUUACACAGAUUUUGGUCCAAGCACAAGAGAUCACACUUGGGGGAUUAUGGCACUAUCAAGGUAUCCAAUUGUAAAAUCUACCCAUCACCUUCUUCCGUCGCCAGAAGGAGAGAUUGCACCUGCCAUCUCCAUGACUGUCAACUUCACAGGGAAACUGGUUGAUUUUGUUGUUGCCCACUUUGGAAAUGAAGAAGAGGACUUGGACAGAAAACUCCAGGCUAUAGCUGUUUCAAACCUAUUGAAGACUAGCUCUAAGCAAGUCGUAUUUCUAGGAUAUAUCACUUCAGCUCCUGGAUCCAGAGAUUAUUCUGAAUUGAUAGAAAAUGGAAAUGUCCAGGAUAUUGACAGUACAGAUCAUGACAGAUGGUGUAGCUAUAUUAUGUAUCGCGGCGUAAUAAGGUUGGGCUAUGCCCGCAUAUCUCAUGGUGGUUUAAGUGAUUCAGAAGUCCAGAUGGCCAAAUUUAGGAUCCCAGAUCACUUGGAUAGCUAUGUUGACAAUGACAGAAUUGUCACUGAUCCCAGCCAAGUUCCUGAGGACAUCCAUUUCAAUCCCAGGUUUGGAUCUUACAGAGAUGGACAUAAUUAUGAGCGUAUUCAUCACUUUCAUAUGAGCACUCCCAAAUACUUUAAACAGACAAACUAGAAUGAGAAAAUAACAUACCGUUGGGACCAACAGGGAGAGUUUGUUGCUUGAAACUGAAUCGGCAGCCAAAAAGACUACACUGUUUAAGGGUGAGCAGCUCCCAUGCUGCAUAACACUGUGAAUAUCUGUGUAAUAGCUGGUGACUCUUUUUCUUUAAUGAGUUGUCAUCACUGUGAGAGAGGGAAGACUCAUGCAUUUUGAUAAACCAGUGUCUACCCAGGCCAGAUACCUGCUUUGUACGCAGCAAAGCAAGGGUGGGAAUUUGCUUUGGCAAUAACUCCAACUUUUUUGAAGGUAUCCUAUAUUUUGCUGUUUCAGAGUUGAAUGUUGUCUAUCCACCUUUUCUUCAGGGUCUGGGUAUGACCCCUUUCCUCUCCUAGGAGCUCACUGGAACAAUCGUGAGCAAGAAGUUUCAGCUGACUUCCUGAGGAUGACUGAGGAAAGCAAAAUAACGCGGUAGUGUAGGUAACCUGUUGAUACAUGCCACACCUUGUAGUCCUGCUGCUAUUGCAAUAAAAAGGUUGGCUUUUGGUUUUUCAAAAUAGGAAUGGGACUAGCAUGUUUCUUCAUUGGGAGAUAUGCAGUAACUACGUGUUUGAUGCGUGCACAUUUUUUACUUACUGAAACAGUAUUUACAUCGGCUGCUAUUCCACAUUUGAUUCUUAAAUGAGUUUUAUUAGAACAAUUUGCAGAUGAUUGGUGUUCAUAAUAUUGGCGAAAAGACUGUGACUUUUACAGACUUCUAUUUUUAACAAGGCAUUAGACACUGCAAUGCUUUUACAAAGGGAAGAGUAAAGUACCUCGGAAUAGUUAUUGUUAUGAGACAGU